UUUUUCUUUAAUGGUGUAUCAGUGCCAAAAGUCUAACAUGGCAGCAAAGCGUGUAACCCUCCUCUCCCAAUUAUCUUUCACUUCCCAGAAGAAACCCAAACCUCUCUCCACACUGUCCACACUGUCUUCUUCCCAAGCAGCCAACACCAACGAGAAACAUGAAACCUUUGUUCUUCAUCACCAUGAAUGCCACCACCAUAUUCAAGAGCUUACAACUUUACUCCAACAAGGCCAAACUGAAGCUGCUCAAACCCUCACAAAAUCACUUCUUUCCUCGAAAUCACCAUCUGAUCUCUUCAAUCUCUUCUCUUUCACUUCAUAUUCUUUGAAACUCAGUUUCUCAAAUAUUCUCUUUUCAUUAUUAGCUCAAUCCAAAAUGCAUAGUGAAGCCAUGGAAUUAUAUAAAGCUAUAAGGAAAGAAGGUAUGCAGCCUUCUAUAACUUCACUUAACCUGUUGCUUGAUUCUUUGGUAUCUUUGAAUAAGUUUGAUGGAACCCUUAAUUUGUUUGAAGAAAUUAUAGGGUCUGGUUUUAGACCUAAUAGAUUCAUGUAUGGUAAAGCUAUCCAAGCUGCUGUUAAAUUAGGGGACUUGAAAAGGGCUUAUGAGUUUUUGGAUGAUAUGAAACAAAAAGGGGUUAAUCCAAGUUUGUUUAUUUAUAAUGUUUUGAUUAGUGGCUUUUGUAAAGAGAGGAGAAUUAGGGAAGCUGAGAAAGGGUUUAAUGAGAUUCUUGAGAGGAAAUUAGUGCCUAGUUUGGUUACUUAUAAUACUCUUAUUGAUGGGUAUUGUAAAGUUGGGGAUCUAGAGAAGGCUUUUGGUUUAAAAGAGAGGAUGGUGAAGGAGAAUGUGGAGCCUAACAUUGUUACUUUCAAUACAUUGAUUAGUGGUCUUUGUCAUGCUCAAAGAAUGGAAGAGGCAAAAGGGGUUUUAAAGGAAAUGGAAGCUCGUGGAUUUGUUGGUGAUGGGUAUACUUUUAGUAUUCUUUUUGAUGGGUUUUUGAAGAGUGGGAAUGGUGAAAGUGCAAUGGCUUUGUAUGAAGAAAUGAAGGGGAAAGGAUUUGGGAUCAAUAGGUAUGCAUUGAGUAAUUGGUUGAAUCAUUUGUGUAAGGAAGGGGAUUUUGAAAAAGCAGAAGAGGUUUUACAAAACGAGAUCGAGAAAGGGUUUGUGCCGAAUGAGGUAGUGUUUAAUACCAUUGUGAAGGGAUAUUGUCAAAUUGGGGAUAUGAAUCGAGCUAUUUCAACGGUUGAGCAUAUGGAGAAAUUGGGGUUGAGGCCGGAUUAUGUUACAUUCAAUACUUUGAUUGGCAAGUUUUUUGAAAUGAAAGAGGUGGAGAAUGCUGAAGAAUGGGUGAAAAAGAUGAGAGAGAAGGGUGUUUCGCCUAAAGUCGAGACGUACAAUGUUCUUAUUAAUGGUUACGGGAAAAUGAAUGUACUCGAUAGGUGUUUUGCGGUUUUAGAAGAAAUGGAAAGGGAUGGGAUUAAACCGAAUGUUGUAACGUAUGGUUCACUUGUAAAUUGUUUAUGCAAGAAUGGAAUGCUUCUCGAAGCUGAGAUAACUUUCAAGGAUAUGAUAAGUAGAGGGGUGUUGCCUAACGUGCUGGUAUAUAACACGCUUAUUGCUGGAAAUUGUGCAGCCGGAAACUUGACUGAUGCUUUCAAGUACUUUGAUGAAAUGGUGAAGGGUGAAACAAGACCGACAAUCGUAACAUACAACACACUUAUUAGUGGACUAUGCAAGAAGGGAAGGAUAACUGAAGCCGAAGCUUUGCUUCCCAAAAUCACAAGUAAUGGGUGUAGUCCCGAUGUCAUCACCUACAACACCCUAUUAUCAGGGUAUUCUAAUGAAGGAAAUGCCGAGAAAUGUCUGGAUUUGUAUGAAAACAUGAAGAGUUUGGGCAUUAAGCCGACUUUGAAUACCUAUCAUCCUCUCAUUAGUGGUUGCAGCAAGAAAGGAAUUGAACUUGCUGAGAGACUGUUUCGCGAAAUGGAAGAGAUGCAUUUGACUCCCGAUCUACUCACAUAUAACGUGCUGAUUCACUUGUAUGCAGAGCACGGAGAUGUUCAAAAUGCAGUUUCUUUGCAUCGAGAGAUGAUAGACCGUGGAAUUUGCCCUGACAAAAUGACCUACAAUAGCUUGAUUUUGGGACAGUUUAAAAACGGAAAGUUGUUAGAAAUAAAGGAUGUUGUUGAUGAUAUGAAGGCCAAGGGAUUGGUUCCUAAAGCUGAUACAUAUACCCUUCUGAUUAAGGGAUAUUGUGAACACAAGGAUUUCAUCGGUGCAUACGUUUGGUAUCGGGAAAUGUUUGAAAACCAUUUCCUUCCACGUUUCACGACUUGUAAGGAACUCGUGAUUGGCCUUAAAGAGCAAGGAAAGUCGCAAGAGGCGCAGAUUAUCUGCUUGGAGAUGAAGGCUAAAGGAAUGGACAACUGGAACUCCGAUGAGGAUGUCUCGGAACUUGCUGUGUAAGUAACCGGGAAAAGGAAGGUUCAUUUCUAUUGAAGGAACACUGCAGAAGCUUAUUCAACCCUGACAAUUUGAUAUUCAAAGAAAGAUGUAGUUGUUUCAUAUAUAUAUGUAUAGUUAAACUUUCUUCUAA